GGUCUGCCAAAAAUUUACUCCAAUGUAUCUGGCAUAAACUGUAUUCUUGAUGGCUUCUUAUUGAUUGCAAGGCGUUUUGAAACAAACAGUUUUCUGGGCACACCCUUCAUGUUACUUGAGAUCUGAAGUGGACUGAAGUUCUACGACAUAUGAAAUGGCGUUAACAUUAUUCAGGGGCUUACAAUCGAAUUCUUUCCGGUUGUAUUCAUCAGUGUAUGUAUCUAGAAAACAUGGUGUAUUAUAUUGUAGCAUGAGAAGUGCAGAAGGGCAAACUGCAACUCAAGAAAAGCAACAGACUCAAUUGAAAGCUUCACUCAAAAAGGAAUCAACGAAAUUCGAAGAAUUAUUGAAAAACUAUGAGGCAGUCAUAGGAAUAGAGACACAUGUUCAGCUCUCCACUCACACAAAGGCCUUUUGUAGCUGUCCUUAUAAUUAUGGGGCUCAACCAAACACUAGCAUUUGUCCAAUUUGCAUGGGGUUGCCUGGGGCAUUGCCAGUACUCAAUUCAAAGGUCAUAGAGUAUGCUGUAAAAGUUGGACUUGCACUGAACUGUAAACUUUCUCUUAGUUCAAAGUUUGAUAGGAAGCAGUACUUUUAUCCAGACCUUCCAAAAGGUUACCAGAUAUCGCAGUUUGACAUCCCCAUUGCAUCUGGUGGUUAUCUUGAUGUUGAUCUUCCCCUUGAGUUUGGUGGUGGGCAUAGAAAGUUUGGUAUCACCAGAGUUCAUAUGGAAGAAGAUGCUGGAAAGCUGCUUCAUACUGGAAAUGGGAGUUUUUCUCAGGUUGACUUGAAUAGGGCAGGAGUUCCAUUGCUUGAGAUUGUGUCCGAACCGGAUAUGAGAACAGGUAUUGAGGCAGCAGAAUAUGCUGCAGAACUACAGAGAUUAGUUAGAUAUCUUGGAGUGAGUAAUGGAAAUAUGCAGGAAGGAUCCCUUCGUUGCGAUGUUAAUAUCUCAAUUCGCCCAAUUGGACAACUGGAGUUUGGCACGAAGGUUGAAAUAAAGAAUUUGAACUCAUUCUCAUCAGUGAGCAGGGCCAUUGAUUUUGAGAUAUCAAGGCAGGUACUACUUCACAGUCAAGGUCAGGCUAAUCAGAUAGUACAGGAAACUCGUCUCUGGGAGGAAGGAGCUCAGAAAACAGUUACAAUGAGGAAGAAGGAAGGGCUUGCUGACUAUCGAUACUUCCCAGAGCCUGAUCUUCCUGGAGUUGCUCUCAGUGAGGAAUACAUUAAUGGCAUUCACGACUCCUUACCUGAACUACCGGAAAUGAAGCGUCGGAGAUAUGAGAAACUGGGACUGAGCAUGCAGGAUGUUCUUUUUCUUGCAAAUGAUAUUAACGUAGCGGCAUUUUUUGAUGCCACAAUUGGACCAGGAGCUGAUGUAAAACUGGCUGCUAACUGGAUAAUGGGUGAUAUUGCUGCUUAUAUGAAAAAUGAAAAACUGUCUAUUAAUGACAUUAAGCUUACUCCUAAAGAAUUGGGUGAGCUCAUAGCCUCAAUCAAAGGUGGAACCAUUAGUGGAAAGAUUGGCAAAGAGAUAUUGUUUGAGCUAAUGGCAAAGGGUGGGACCGUUGAAGGACUUAUAAAAGAAAAGGAUUUGGUUCAGAUUGUAGACCCCGCUGAGAUUGAGAAAAUAGUGGAUAAAGUCCUUGCAGCCAACCCAAAGCAGUUGGAGCAAUACCGUGGGGGUAAAACUAAGCUACAAGGCUUUUUUGCCGGCCAGAUAAUGAGAGAAACAAAAGGAAAGGCAAAUCCUGGGCUUUUGAACAAGAUACUUCUUGAAAAACUGAAUGCAAAAAGCUGAGGAUUAGCUUCAUUAGAUUCUCAUCACCUUUGGUGGAAAUCAUGGGGUUCAUGAGAUGAUGCAGCUACCUCCUCCUGCAAGUAAUACUACUCCUCUGGUCAUUUGGCACUGUAUAUUUUCUCUUAUUAACAAAUUAAUGGGAAACUUUAGUGAAUGAUACGCACAGAUAUCUGUUGCUGAUGUAGGGAAUGCGACCAGGUGUUCGAUGGCUUCAUGUUCUGAGUUGAUAACAACAAAGAGAACUGUAUUCUGCUAUAUCGUUACUGAGCUCGUUUCCAGGAGCACUUAUGUCAUUUCUAUUUUUAUUGAAUAUAUUUAUAAUGUAGUUCAGAUAUUCUUUUUCAAAUUGGUCGUAUUCCUCAUGAUACAUAUAAAAUUUACAAAAUAAUGAUUUAAACUUA